CUAUAAUCUGAAUUCUCUCAUAGUCAAUGUCUUCCCACACUCUCCCUCUUUCCUCUAAAUGCCUCCUUUUUCAUGCAACACUUAUCAUUUCCGCGUUAACUGGUUGUAUCAGUGCAUCCACAGAUAAAAAGGUACAUAUUGUAUACAUGGGCGAUAGGCCAAAAGAUGUUUUGUUGGGAGAACCACAACACAGGAGCAUGUUAGAGCAAGUUAUUGGCAGUCGAGUGUCAGAAUCAUUGGUUCACAGUUAUCAAAGGAGCUUUAACGGCUUUGCAGCUAACCUGUCCGAUGAAGAAGCAAUGGAGAUAUCUAGAAUGAGUCAAGUGGUGUCAGUCUUUCCAAGCAAGGUAAGGCAGCUUCACACGACAAGAUCAUGGAACUUUGUAGGCUUCCCUGUAAACGCAAGACGAGCAUCAUAUGAGAGUGAUGUCAUCAUCGGCAUGCUAGACACUGGAAUCUGGCCAGAGUCUGAUAGCUUCAGCGACGAAGGGUUUGGUCCUCCACCAACCAAGUGGAAAGGAACAUGCCAGUCGUCAUCCAAUUUCACCUGCAACAAUAAGAUCAUAGGCGCAAAAUACUACAAUUCUGAUGGAGAGCUAAGCUCAAGAGACAUAGAUUCGCCUCGUGACUCAGAAGGUCAUGGGUCCCACACCUCAUCGACGGCUGCAGGCCAUCAAAUUGCAGACAUGAACCUCUAUAGUUUUGCUGAGGGUACAGGCCGUGGAGGUGUUCCCUCAGCUAGGAUAGCGGUGUACAAAAUAUGCUGGUCAUUUGGGUGCGCUGAUGCCGAUAUUCUUGCUGCCUUUGAUGAUGCAAUUGCAGAUGGGGUUGAUAUCAUCUCUCUUUCGGUAGGAGGAUCCUUUCCAUUGGAUUACUUUGAGGACUCGAUUGCUAUAGGAGCUUUCCAUGCUAUGAAGAAUGGGAUACUAACUUCAAGUUCUGCGGGGAACAGUGGUCCUAGUUCAUAUUCAGUGGAAAAUUACUCCCCAUGGUCACUUACAGUAGCUGCAAAUACCAUCGAUAGGCGUUUCGUUGCAGAAAUGAAACUAGGGAAUGGCAAGGCUUACAAGGGAGCUGCAAUCAGCCCGUUUGACCUGAAAGAUAAAAUGUACCCUUUGGUGUAUGGAGGCAACGCACCAAAUACAUCUGCAGGGUAUGAUGGGUCAACCUCCAGAUACUGCUACCAGGGUUCUUUAAACAUAACCACAGUGAAGGGAACGAUUGUUCUUUGUGAUACAUCAUCUGAUGAUUCUGGGCCCUUGCUUGCUGGCGCUACUGGUGCAGUGAUGCAGGGAACAUACACAGACUACGCAUUCUCAUAUCCAUUGCUGACUACAGUUUUGGGCAAACUUGACCAUGGAAAUGUUUCCCUUUACCUGAACACAACAAGCCAUCCAACGGCAAACAUACAAAAGGGCCAACAGGUUGAUGAUCCUGCAGCUCCCUAUGUCGUUUCUUUCUCUUCCCGAGGGCCAAACCCCAUCACCAGAGACGUUCUCAAGCCUGACUUGGCUGCCCCGGGUGUUGACAUACUGGCAGCGUGGUCGCCUAUAGCACCCAUGUCAGAAUACAGUGAAGAUAAGCGAUCAGUAGCUUACAACAUAAUCUCAGGCACUUCCAUGGCUUGCCCUCACGCAAGCGGCUCUGCUGCCUAUGUCAAGUCCUUCCAUCCAAAUUGGUCUCCUGCUGCUAUCAAGUCUGCUCUGAUGACUACAGCUCAUCGGAUGAAUGCAACUUCGAACGAGGAAAUGGAGUUUGCGUACGGUGCAGGACAAGUAAACCCUGUGGCAGCAGCGAACCCGGGCUUAGUUUACGAUGCAGACGAAGCAGAUUAUGUGAGAAUGCUAUGCGGGCAGGGAUACAGUACUAAAAAUCUACAGCUUGUUACCGGCGACAACAGCAGCUGCACUAGUACUAACAACGGAACUGUAUGGGAUCUCAACUAUCCCUCAUUCGCUCUAUCCGUCAAAACUGGAAUAGAUUUCUCCGCUACAUUCAAUAGAACUCUUACUAAUGUUGGAUCAGCGAGUUCUUCUUACAGAGCAACUAUCACGAGUCCAUCGGAUCUCAAGGUUAGCAUUGAACCAACCACAUUUUCAUUCAAAUCGCUUAUGGAGAAGAAAUCAUUUUCUCUGAAGGUUGAAGGGCUAACUAGAGAAUCUGUGCUCUCUGCUUCAUUGUUGCUGUCUGACGGUGCAUAUUAUGUGCGCAGUCCCAUUGUUGUGUAUACUUCUUAAAUCAUGUGUAUAUCCUAGAAGAUAAAGAACCAGAGAUGUGAAAUAAUUUAAUACUACAGGCCCCAUUUGCAAUGUCAAGAUACUACAAGGGUUUUCUUGCA